CCAGUGCGCCCCAGAAAAGCCGUGCGUGUCAUGUUUCUCGGGGAUAUCUGAUGUUUGGUUUCAGUUCUUUGGAACUGAGGACGACCCCCAUCUGAUUGGAAUUUAUAAAAUGAGAAAAGCCCUGCAGUUUUUACAAGCACGUGCGAUGCUGAACAUGGCGGACGGUUCUAAACAAUUCCAUUGCAAAUCUAUCCGUCGACUUCAAGUCAUUUCAAGAGCGUUAUCCUUGAAUACCUCACCCCCUACUCUGAUAGUAGAACCGACCGAUGCCUUAGUAGAUGAGCCUGUCUCCAUCAGAGUAUCAGGCCUUCAGCGGCAUCAGAAGAUCACACUUUCUGCUCUUCUGAGGGGUGCGGGGAAGGAGUUUGUAUCCUGCGCACACUAUACAGCUGAUGAGAAUGGUCACGUGGACACUGCUGUUCAGUCAAGUGAAGGCGGGUCCUUUAAUGGUGUUGAACCUAUGGGACUUUUCUGGGCCAUGGUUCCAUCGGUGAAACACAGAAGGACAACACGCCUACUCAAUAAAGACAUCACAGUUCCGUAUUACGUCACAAUAUCGGUGCAAUCUAGUCGUAUGGACCUUGAAUCCAUCCAAGCAACCAGUGGCACGUCAGGGGUAAUGGCUGCUGCAGACGUGCGUCGGUGGUACUUAAAAAAGGGAGUGCAAAGACUCCCUUUAAGAAUUGGACGAAUACGAGGAACACUGUUCAUUCCUUUAGGCGUCGGACCAUUCCCUGCUGUCCUUGAUUUGUUUGGAGGCACAGGGGGUCUAUUUGAAUUUCGGGCGGCCCUUCUCGCCUCCAGGGGAUUUCUUACAUUUGCACUGGCCUACCUAGGAUAUGACGGACUUCCUAACGACUUUAACGACCUUGAAUAUGGCUAUUUCCAGGAAGCUGCGGAAUGGCUAAGUCAACAUGCAGAGGCAUCCCCUGGAGGUAUUGGUGUGAUAGGUACCUCUCUCGGAGGUGGCAUCACAAACAUGCUGGCAUCAUUCUGUCCAAAGGUAACGGCUUCAGUAUCGAUAAAUGGAUCUCUGUUUCCUCCACUAAAUGACCAAGGUUUGAAGCGACAAGGUUUUAAAGGAUACACGCCAACACUUAAAGUGAUUGACGAUGAGUAUUGUACAUCCGACUUCGACUUCAACAACGACGAUGUUCAAGUACUCCCGGUAUGGCGACACGGGGCGCAGAUGCUGUCCAUCAUCGCCGAAGAUGACACAGCAAUGCCGUCAUCAGUAUACAAAGAGAUGGUGAGGAAGAUUCCAGAGGAAAAGUUGCACACCAUCCAGAGCGUGUUCUACCCUGGAGCUGGUCAUCUCAUUGAGCCACCUUAUGCACCCUUAUGUAGAGCUUCCUACAUGGACGAACAGUUUGUGACACUGAUGCUGUGGGGAGGAGAGAUGGAGGGACAUGCUGCAGCCCAGGAGGAUUCCUGGAAGAGAGUCCUGGAACACUUCAACAAGUACCUGCCGAGGCGGAAGACUGAUAGACUUUAGGAAAUAAACAUUAUUACAGAUGUUUGUA